AAAAAAAAAAAAGGCAUCAGUCAGCCGGCGGCGCUGCGCUGCGCUGGGCCGGGCCGCUGCGCUGCGCGCGGAGUGGGCGAGGCGGCGGCUCUCAGAGGGGAGCCGCGCUGUGUGCUGCCCCCUUCUCUCUCCGGACCUGCCCUGGACUCCAUGUAAUGUUCAAGCUCAGAAAUGCCUUAUGUGGAUCGUCAGAAUCGCAUUUGUGGUUUCCUAGACAUUGAAGAAAAUGAGAAUAGUGGGAAGUUUCUGCGGAGGUACUUUAUCCUGGACACGAGGGAAGACAAUCUGGUUUGGUACAUGGAUAAUCCACAGAACCUUCCCUCUGGCUCUCCACCUGUUGGAGCCAUUAAACUUACCUACAUUUCAAAGGUUAGCGAUGCAACUAAGCUAAGGCCAAAGGCAGAAUUCUGUUUUGUUAUGAAUGCGGGGAUGAGAAAGUAUUUUCUACAAGCCAAUGAUCAGCAAGACCUAGUAGAAUGGGUAAAUGUUCUGAACAAAGCUAUCAAAAUCACAUUUCAGAGAAGAAACUUCAUAAGUGUGCUUCCAAAUCAACAGCCAGGACUCAGACUGAGGACAGUACAAGUAUUUGUACUCCAGCUCCCAGUUUUCAGUAACCUGCUCCUAAUUAGGGUGUCUAGGGAAGUGGCGUUUGUACCAAAGCAGUCUGAUCUGCUGUGUCAACCUGAUAACCCAAAUCGCCAAGUUGAAAAUCCGGGUGGAAAGAAACAAGUGUCUUACAGAACAGAAAUUGUUGGUGGUGUUCCCAUCAUUACACCUACUCAGAAAGAAGAAUUAAAUGAAUGUGGGGAAGGAGGUGACAGAAAUUACUUGAAACGGUCACAAAGCCACCUUCCUUACUUUACUGCUAAACCUCCCCCAGACAAUGCUGUAAUCAAAGCUGGCUAUUGUGUUAAACAAGGCGCUGUGAUGAAGAACUGGAAGAGAAGAUACUUUCAGUUAGAUGAAAAUACAAUAGGCUAUUUCAAAUCUGAACAGGAAAAGGAACCUCUCCGGAUCAUACCUCUUAAAGAGGUCCAUAAAGUUCAGGAAUGUAAACAAAGUGAUAUAAUGAUGAGAGACAAUCUCUUUGAAAUUGUAACAACUUCUCGAACCUUUUAUGUACAGGCAGACAGCCCGGAGGACAUGCACAGCUGGAUAAAAGCAAUAUCUGGGGCCAUAGUGGCACAACGGGGACCGGGAAGAUCAGCAGCUUCUGUUACUCUAAUCUUAGCUUUGCACUGUGUUCCAGAUGCGGCAGGCCAGAAGGCUGUCGAAUCCUUGUAUACAGAGGUAUACAUCAAGAACUGGAGCAUUCCAGCUCUUCUUCAGAAUCCAGCUAUGCUUUCUAUUUUGCCAACACCGCAGCCACCUCACAUUCCACAGCCUCUCACAGCAACGCUCUGGUCUCAAACCUUAACGCCAAACGCCUUGCCUUGGAGAAGCGAGGAUUUCACGAAUCUUUUACCAAGGCCAAGCCAGGGAACUUCAAGGUCCAGGCUGUCCCUCCAAGAGAACCAGCUUCCAAAGUGACUGUACAGGGCCUAUUGGAACCUCAAAGUAAAAAUGGCACUCAGGAACAGGAUCCUGGCGCAGUGGAUCUGGAUGAUGCAAGCCUUCCAGUCAGUGACGUGUAAUAAUGGAAGUGUUUGGAGAAUGAUCCAUCUGUUUGGUCCUCUAAUUUCCUUGGUCAGACUUGUAGCCAAAGAAGAUUUUAGGAAGAAAGAAGAGAGAAUGGAACACUGAUUUUAUGUAUGUGUGUAUAUACAUAGGUAUGUGCAUACACAGUACAUGCAUAUAUAAUUAUAUAUAUUUAAAUAAUUAUAUACUGCCUUCAAAUUAGGGUCAGAAAUAGACCUGCUUUUUCUCACAGCCUGAUAAUAAAUCACUUUUAUAAUAGGAAGGGGCCAAACUACAUGAUUCAGAUAUGUACUGCUGCCAGUAAAUAAGGUACCAGCAACUCUUUACCCUCAAUUUGGCAAACCUAAAAUUACAUUCAAUAUUUUAAUGCUAUACUAUAGAAAAUGUAAUGCCUACAAAUGUGAUUAUUUAAUUUCAUUAUAAACCAGAUUAAGACUUUAUGCAUAUGUGAAUUAUUUCUCUCCUCUUUUGAAAAUUUUAUGACUUUUUCAGAUACUGGGAUAUGCACAAAAAGUCUUUCGUUCCUAUCAGAUCAACAUUGUCAGCUGAAAUAUUACCAGACUAAGAAUUCUAAGCUCCCUUAGAAUUCUAAGUAUAUGGUGCUGUAAAUUUCACAUUAGAAUAAUGAUGUUAUUUUGAACAUUAAACCUAUUUUUGAUGCUCUCCUAAAGGUGAAUUGUAAUUUUUUUGCACAUUUGAUUUUAAUGGACCACCUACAAUGGUGUUUUGGAUGGGGGAGGGAAAUCAGACUACUACAUCUUACACCUUUGAAGUAAACCAGUUUUAUAUUGCAUUACAUUAAGCUUUGCUGCAAUUACUUUGUAUUAAAUGUCUAAACAUAUUGUUUAGGAUUACUUUUUUGAAAGAUUCUUUUUCCAAUCAGUGCUUUGUGAACAGUUCUUGUUUCUAUAUUUGGAUCAGUGAAAGACCUCAUUUAUUUAGUUUGAUGUCAAAACUGGUACUGAACUGUUUAUAGUCAUGCAAUUGUGGCCUGUAAUUUUGGUGCACUAAUAAUCUAUUAAAGUGCCUGUGUUUUUUCUCAUCUUGUUAAACAUUUUGAGAUUCGAUGUGUACACGGACCUUAUUUACAUGGUUUUGAACCUUGGGGUGAAAUUAUUUUGAGUAACAUAGUUCAAAACAAUUAUUUAAAAUAAAAAAUCUUAUGCUAGGGAUACCAGCGUGCUGGUAUUGCAUCUACUAGCUGUGCAAUAUGUGAUUUUUAUAAAACUGAAUAUUUGUUACAUGUGUGCAUUGUUAUGGGCUUCAGUGAUGCAAACAAAAGAUCUAAGAACUUUUACAUUUCAAAUAUUUGAUUAUCUUGAGCAUGUACUGGUUUCAUAGUUAGGUUUUAAAAAUGUUUGCUGUAACCAAAAAAAACAACAACCACCAACCCCACAAAUUUCAUAUGCUGCUGCUUAUUGUGAUUCACAUUUCCCAGUGUUGCAAUACUGUUCGUCGUCUGGAACUUAACAAUUACAUAUCAGAAAAGUCCAUCUUCUCUCCAGUUUCCAAACUGACUUCUGACCUGAGAGAGAGGGGGUUUUUCCACAGUAACUUGUUGAUCCAAGGAUAGAGUAAUUGGUGUAAUGCGAGAAUUAAAUAUUAACUAGUUUCAAAACCAUUACAUCACCAUCUUUAAAUUUUUUAAUCCAUAAGCUAACCACUGUUUUUAGGCAAUAGUAUUUGUAAAUUACACUUUCAUUCUACUCUUCAACAUCACAUGAAAGCUAGUCCAGGGUUGGAAAUUAUUGUGGCAGUCUAAACAAGUAGUGUAGUUUUUAACUUGUAUCAAAAUAAGACAACGGUUCUUUGAAAGCUUAUUUUUCACAAGUACACAAUGUGGGAGACACUAGUAAAAAUAUUUCAAUUCAAAUAGUUCUCACAUUUAAAAUCACUUGCUCUGGUACAGGUUUGGCACUGCAUGUUCAUUUUACUAUAUUUUGGUAUUGGCAAUUUUAUGUAUGAGGUGGAGGUAAAGCAGCUCCAUUAUGGGACUUGUUAAAAUUAGAACUACUGUUGUAGUUCAGUAGCAUAGGAAAAUAUAUUUGUGGUUGGUAAUUGUCAAGGUCUCCUAUUUAUCAGUACUUUUAUAAUCUAUAAAAAUUGUUAAAUUAUUUUAGAACCAGUGCUAUUUCCUGUAAAUAUGUCACAUUUAAAUUGUCAAUAAAUCAGUUUGAUAACUUAAAA